AGAGCAUUUCUAGGCAGAGUUACUCACUGGAGGGUAGGACACUUCUGCUAUCCUUGGCCAUGCCCCGAGCCUGCCCUUGGUGUCUUGUCCUGAGCUCUAAAGAGGAGAGAUAGAUAUUCUGUCCUGCCUGCCUUUCGUGAGCUGCGAUGCGGUGGUGGUAUGUGUAUUUUGUGAAUGGCAAGGUGUCAUACAAGUGUGUACACCAUCUAAGAUCUUUAGGGUUUCUCUCCCCAGCUACUGUGGGCCCCAGUGGUCCCCUCAGCGAGAGCAGAGGUCAGCCUUCACUGAGACUCUCUUAAGUCACGUCCCAGGCCAACCCCUGCCUCAGGUCUUCCUGAGACCCACUGUCUGUCUCCAGUAGGAGUGAGGGCCUUGUAGUGAAAAAUACACCUGGCUACCAUUUACCUGGGACUUAACCAUCUGCCAGAUGCUUUACAGGGAUUAGCAUCACAUUUAUGCCUGACAGCAGUCCCGGAAGAGGGAGGUGAUGUUAUCUCAUUUAACUAGAUGGACUCAGGGCAUGAAACGUAUGUACCCAAGGUCACAGGAUCCCAAGUCAGGUUUAUGUUUCAUGACUCAAGCAGGCUGCUAUACACUGAACACCACACAGAAAGGAGUUCCGCCACUCAGCUCCAGGAAGUUCACUGGUGUGUGUAUACGGGCUUACUCAGCAUCACCGCCAUGAGCGAGGCCUUUGACUGUGCCAAAUGCAGUGAGUCCUUGUACGGCCGCAAAUACAUCCAGACAGACAGUGGCCCCUACUGCGUCCCCUGCUAUGACAACACCUUCGCCAACACCUGUGCCGAGUGCCAGCAGCUCAUCGGGCAUGACUCAAGGGAGCUGUUCUAUGAGGAUCGCCACUUCCACGAGGGCUGCUUCCGGUGCUGCCGCUGCCAGCGCUCCCUGGCUGAUGAACCCUUCACCUGCCAGGACAGCGAGCUGCUCUGUAACGAGUGCUACUGCACAGCCUUCUCUUCACAGUGCUCCGCCUGUGGGGAGACUGUCAUGCCUGGGUCCCGGAAGCUGGAGUAUGGAGGCCAGACAUGGCAUGAACAUUGCUUUCUGUGCAGUGGGUGUGAGCAACCUCUAGGUUCCCGCUCCUUCGUGCCCGACAAGGGCGCUCACUACUGCGUGCCUUGCUAUGAGAACAAGUUCGCUCCGCGGUGUGCCCGCUGCAGCAAGACGCUGACCCAGGGUGGAGUAACCUAUCGAGAUCAACCCUGGCACCGAGAGUGCCUGGUCUGCACUGGGUGCCAGACGCCCCUUGCGGGGCAGCAGUUCACGUCUCGGGAUGAUGAUCCCUACUGUGUGGCCUGUUUCGGGGAACUCUUUGCACCCAAGUGCAGCAGCUGCAAGCGCCCCAUCACGGGGGGGAGCGGUGGCGAGGCUGCAGGACUCGGUGGAGGCAAGUACGUGUCCUUCGAAGACCGCCACUGGCACCACGGCUGCUUCUCCUGUGCCCGCUGCUCCACCUCCCUGGUGGGCCAGGGCUUCGUACCAGACGGAGACCAAGUUCUGUGCCAGGGCUGCAGCCAAGCAGGGCCCUGAGCCAAGGCUCCUGACUCGCCCCUUUCCCAAACUAAGGGUUCGAGACUAUGGCUCCUUUUCCGAACCACUUCUGGGACCCAGCCCCUCCUUAGAAUGGGCCUCCACCUGCCCCUGCACAGUGUGCAACACCCAUGGCUUAAACUCUCUCUCCAAGUCUGGACUGCAGAAGUGGGUCCCUCCCCUCUGUACUUUUUUGGGUUCCCAGAUCUAGCUCCUUCCCCCAGAUCAAGGCCCUAGACACUCCAGCCCCCCAAACCUGGACCUAGGCCUCCUUAAAUCUAGACUUCUUGGGUAGAUUUUUAGGUUUCCUAUGGGUGCCUGAGAAGUCCUCAAAGAUAGAUUGUACCCCAGUUUGACCUCAUCCCCAUCCCACCCCUAUCUCUGGGCUGAACCUGUCUGGAUCGCAGAUUAGGGGCUCCCUGGUUUGAGGGUCAUAAGGUACAGGGUACUGUCCCCCCGAGUACCAUUUUAUUCUUGCUCCAUGUUGCCCAGAGGUAGGAAGCAGGAGUGGCUCACCCUACUCCCAGAUUCUGCAAUAAAACAGUGUGAGGGAGCACA